AUGCCAGCAUUGGCGACAUCUCUGCUGACAGUGAGAGCACAGGUACUCGAAAUUUGCUACAAAUGUGGCGUCAGAGUCGUGACCGUUUACGCCUUCAGCAUUGAAAACUUCAACCGUCCACAGUACGAAGUCGAUGGUCUCAUGCAGCUGGCCAAGGUGAAACUUGAGCAGUUGACGCAGCACGGAGACUUGUUGGAUCGAUAUGGAGCGGCGGUACGGGUGCUUGGUCAGAGGGACCUGAUCCGCAAAGAUGUUCUUGAGGUUGUCGACCGGGCGGUAGAUAUGACCAAGUACAACAAACGCAAUGUGUUGAACAUAUGUUUUCCUUACACCUCGAGAGAAGAGAUGACGACGGCCAUGCGAUCUACUGUUGAGGAAUAUAUGAUGCCUCCUGGCCCCAAGUAUACCCCCUUCCCAGCUGCGCGCAUUUCGCAAAAGAUCAUGUCGAAGCAGCUGGAUCGCCGGGAGCCUUUACCCACUAUUCGAGACACGUCUCCUGCCCCUUCUUCCCGAUCAGACGGCGAUGAUGGUGCAUCGUCAUCAACUACUCUUCCCCCCGACUCGCCAUCACCGCCGAGUCACCAUCUGGAAACGUCUGGGAGCUUGCACCUGAAAAAUCCGGAGACGAUCACAGCCGAGACGUUGAACAACCACAUGUACACUGCUGGAAACCCUCCUUUGGACAUUUUUGUCCGGACUAGUGGUGUGGAGAGACUCAGUGACUUCAUGCUUUGGCAAUGCCACCAAGACACUCACAUCUUCUUCCUCAAGUGUCUGUGGCCCGACUUCGAUUUGCAGCACUUCCUCCCUGUGCUCCUGGAAUGGCAAUGGAGGCAGAAGCAGAUUGAGAGAGAUGAGCGGCCGAGUCAGACAGGUAACAAAGGACGGAAGCUGGCUUGA